ACUUUUAGUAUUAUUUUGAAUUCCGGACGGUAUACUGAGCUAAUAUUUUUUAAACUCUCAUAGAAUAGUAAAUUCGUUGAUUGUCACUUUUUACACCGAAACGUAAUUAAAAAUUGUAUCUUGCAAAAUGAUUAACCAAAACUUUAUCUUAUUUAUUGUGGCUGUUACUUUUUGUGCAUAUGUUUGCGGCGAUGUUUCCCACUUAGCUGGUGCUGGUACAAAGACACCAGAUGUGACCGAGGUGUGUUUGGGAUGUAUAUGUGAAGCAUCUAGCGGUUGCAACAGAACAUUAUCUUGCAACGGUGACGUGUGUGGACUAUUUAGAAUUACUUGGGCAUAUUGGGCUGACAGUGGUAAGCCUACCCAACCUGGUGAAAGUCCUGACGCAGUAAACGCUUACUCGAACUGUGUAAAUGAACCAUUCUGUGCAGCAAGAUCCGUUCAAGGAUAUAUGGCCAAAUUUGGUCAGGAUUGCAACGACGACGGUAAAAUAAACUGUUUGGAUCAUGCCGCUAUUCACAUUCACGGUGGUUAUGGAUGCAGAAAUCCUUUGCCGGAAAAAUACAAAGUUAAAUUUGAUGAAUGCUUGAGCAAUAUUGUUCAAGCUCAAGGCUAAAACUUCUAUUUAUCCGCUGUUUUACAAUAAUUUUAAUUUAUUUCAAUAAAAUGGACUUUUAAAAUUUAGAGAA